GACAAUGACCGCGCGUGUUUUGAACGAAAUCUUUUUCAAAAAUUUCGUUUACGUGUGUUCUGUGUCGACUCCAGAAGACAAGAAAGGACCCAGGUUCACGAAACUGGACAUCUUCUUCACUUUCCUGUCGAUCAUAACGUUUUUCUCAGACAUCGCUACCGAUGUGAUCGUGGUCGCUCAGUAUGCCCUUUACCAGCUAUGGGUGUACGCCGGCAUGACCCUGUUUUUCGUGCUGAUGCCUUCCCUGGUGGUGAACGUCUGCAGCUUCAGGUGGCAUAUUCACGACAAGCGUGUCUCGAAGGUUAUCUGGGUCGCCAACGUGUUGCAGCUCGGAGUUCUCCACAGGUACUGGCUGUGUUUGCGUGCUGGGCUCAGGGCUGAACGGACCCGAGAUGCAGACGAUUUCCGCGAGCUGUACCAGCACCAGAGUGACCUCUGCAUGCUCCGCCUGUUCGACUCGUUCCUGGAGUCGGCACCUCAGCUGGUGCUGCAGCUCUACAUCAUGGUCAACCACGAGGACUGGAAUCCUUGGACUGGCAUCUCUGCACUGCUGUCUCUGCUGUCCCUCGGCUGGGGCAUUGCAGCCUAUGGCAAAGCCAUGCGGCUGUAUCGCGCUGAAAAACAGCAGCUCUCCUGGACCGGUCUGAUUCUGCAGACAUUGUGGAGGUUCGGCACUAUGACCUCACGUGUGACCUCCAUGGUUCUGCUUGCAUGCGUCUGUGGCGCAUGGACUCUAGUCAUCAUCGGCACCCACUGGAUGCUCAUGACCGGUUGGUUGGUGUGGCAGAAGACCGACUUUUGCCCAUCACGCUGGGAAGAACUGGUGUACAAUGCCGUCGUGGGUGCCAUCUACACCUUCUGCUUCUUCAAUGUGCGCGAGGGCCGGUCACGUAGCCGUGUCGUCGCAUUUUAUGCUCUCAUCGGCCUGCAGAAUGUCGCAUUCCUCACUGUCUACUGUGUCGCAAAGGGCGACGCCGACGACCUGCGUGUCAUCACUUCAACAGCUGUAGUGCUGGGAAGCUUCGGCAUUGGCAUGUACUGCAUGGCGCUGUACUACCGGUUCUUUCAUCCGAGUGGGCCUAUCUACCUUUGCACCAGUAAAAGUGCCCAUGGAGAGAAUGUGGAAAUGCAGGAACACGGCAACCCGUCUGGUGAUGUGUCUACGCCACCAAGCAAGUCAAAACCAUCGUCAGCUGCGGUCAGUGCAUCACACUCGUUUCGAACCCUCAAGUAUGCGAACUGUGCUCACCAGAUGACAUCUACACCUCGUCAGAUGGAUCCCGAAAGGGCGUCUCUUAGUGAUGACAGCACAAUUUCACCAUGCAGUGAGGACACACCGAAAAGUGCGAGGUUCUUCGAUAAAGCAACAACUGAAGAGAGCCAAACGGGCAAAAUGGACGCUGGUGAUCUGUACCACAUCAGGACCACCGUGAGUCUCUCGGGGGCUGCCGUGAGUCCAGUGCCAUCUCGUCGAGUGAGGUUUGACUUGAAGGACUGCUCACUUGAUGAGAGCCAUCGAUGGCGAUCAGAGGACUGCAGCUUUGCCGACAUCAGGUCCGACUCGAACAAUGUUGAAACCCUCAGUAUUACAAAGGAUCGCUUAGCCAGCCAUCACCAUGUCGUGAACUACAAUUUUCGCCCAUUUGUUGGCGAAGGUGCUCAUGGGCAUCCGUUUAGAAGGCACUGCUCUUGCCUGGUGCUCUUCGAGUGCCUGCCAGACCUCUCUUUGCUUCUGUCAACAGACGGCAAAGGAUCAACAAAGAAAGCAUUGCUGAAUGUGAUGUCGACGCCAAACGUGAGACUCCAGCAUUCGAACGAAGAAAGCUGCAGCGAUUCAGCUGCGUCUUGGUCAAUGCACAACUUUCUCGCAGCGGAUCAAAGUGUUGUGGGCUUCUCGGAGAGUCCAACCAGUGGGUCAACAACGGUUCUCGUAUGACUUGCCCGCUUUCAACUAAAAGCUCCAGCAGCUGUAUUGUUUUAGGCCAAUGUCGAAUUUGGCCAAUGUGUACAUGGUCACUACUUGGCACUGAGGUGUUCCUCUAAGCAAAACCAUCAGCUACAUUUGCACAGUUUUUACUCAUGACAAAAGUGUGUCAAGUGACCAACUCUCAAGUGCUAGAGGCUCUUCUGCACAAGUUACAGGUGGGGCUAUCAAGUUUGACAGACAUCUACACAUUUCGUGAGUGUUUCUUGCUACCAAAUCGAGAUUGCAUUUACACUGUUGGUCGCUCGCUUAGCACUCAUGUACAUAGACAUAUGUGAACCUUGUCAGCUCUAAAUAAUAGUGACAGAUUUCAAACAUGGCUUCUUACACCACUCUUUUGCCCGUACUAACUCGUAACUGCAGCUAUGGCUGUCAGAAAUUUCGUUUUAACCCGCACGUACAAGCCGUGCAAGCAGCCGAAAAAAGUGGUGCGAGAUCGUCCAUAAAGUAGUCCUGCCGCUGUGUUUUUUAAAGAUUUUCUUUCAGUUCUUUUCAUAAUCAAAGCAAUAAUAGCAGUGCGGUGGAAUUUCAGCUGAUGAAAUCGGAAUAAGAGAGGAAAUAAAAGGAUCCUGGCAGGAUCACGGUCCUGUAUGUUCAAAUGAAGAAUCCUGAGAAUCGUUUGAGUGUACAGUAACCACAGGUGACAACGCAUACUUGUCUUUGAUGCAUCAUCGGCAGUGUAGCAGUCAUACUGUCUUUCAUCAUGGUGAUUAAUAAUAACAGUGAAAGAAGUUACAGACACUAUGCUGGUUGCAUUCACAUCAUCGCCGAGUUGUAACUCAGGCAAUGUCAUGAAAACUCUGUGGUGUCAUUGUCUAGUUCACUUCAUUUAAUAUUUAUAAAGGGGAUACCAAGAAAUGCUAGGUUAAGCUGGAAUGGCAAAUUACCUUUCUGGAAUACCAACUGUGUCAGUCUUACUGUGAGCAAAGCCUUGGUAUGCAAGAAAAGACGCAGAAAUGUAAUACAGGCUUUAAUUCUGUGUUUGUGGUUUGUUGGCUUCAGUCAAAUAAGUCCCAGAGUGGAACCGCGCGGCCACUGUUUGUGUUGUUGGCAUCUCAAUGUCCGGAUCUACACUGCAGCCUCAAGGCCAAUGCAGUAUGACAUUUAUGAAGAAACGUUAUGAUAAUUCGGUUGUGACCAUGAAAAGUUGCGUUUACAAAUCCAUGCGCUAAUACAUUUUGGAUGAAUAGUACUUUUUACUAGCUGUGUGCAAAUAUUAAAAAUUUUGAGUACGAAUCAAAUAGUCUUGAUUCGAGAAUUUACUGUUCGAAGUUGUUGAAUAUUCAUUUACGCAGAUGAUCGAGUUACUAAACAGACACACGGAGAAGGUAAUUUAUGCACAAUAGUUACCAGCCAUUGAGUAAGCGUGCCUCGUCUUAGCCUAAAUAGCUGUUUCAAUUUAGAUACGUUAGUUUAUUAGUUGACCAAUCUCAUUGUGUUUAGAUUCCAUCAAAAUGAUGUGUUGCACUGUAGUAUUGUCCUUUGCUCUUUCAGUGACCAUUAUACACUCUACUACAUGCAUUUGGGAUGUCCUGUUCCAUUUUUGUUUUUUAUUACUUUCAAUGUCAUCGUGCACCAGAUAGGAUCGUACUAUAUCAUACAACCAUCCAUGUAUCAAAUAAUGUAAACAAGCAGUUUGUUGCCGAACAUGCCCUGCAAUGUUUUUUAUUUCACUUUUUUCAGAAAUUGGAAAUACUUUAUAUUCGAUUCGAUAUUGGAUGGUUGUCUUUCUCAAAUACUCAUAUUCGUGAUUGAAUUAGAAAAUUUUGCUAUUCGAACACCCCUGUGAAUAUGUAUUGUUCCGCCCGCACUCAGUGCAGACAAUAAUAACAGGAAAUGCAGGGAAGAGGGA